GGGUGUAGGCGCGCACACCGGCCCGAAUCUCACGGUUACGGAUACACCGGCUGACCGAGCGUGGAUCACCGGGAAUCGCACGCACGAGGCAUGGACGGCUACGCAACGACGAUGAGAUGCGCGCUCUUUCUAUGCCUGAGCACUUGCGCCUAUGCGCUGCCGCGCGUGAUACCACGAACCAAUUUAAAGAACAUUCCUGCCUCGAAUGCUCAAGUGCACUACAAUAUUACGAAUGCCGAGGUCGAUGUCCGUCCGGCGAUAGAUGAAGUGUCUUACGUUGACUUUGACUCCGCACCUACCUCCUCUUCAAGACCGGAUGUCUGUAACAACUGUGUUUGCGGGGUUGGAAGAAAAACAAGGAUCGUUGGCGGCAACGUGACGAGCAUCUAUGAGUACCCCUGGUUAGUCAGUAUGACGAAGAAAGGAAUGUUUUAUUGCGCCGGCAGCAUAAUAUCACGCAGGCAUGUUCUCACAGCGGCUCACUGCCUCGAAGGGUUCGACAUUAAGACCAUCAAACUGUUCUUGGCGGACAGCGACCGUCCCUCGAUAGGUAGCAACGCCAUAGUGCGACGCAUUAAAUCCGCGUCGAUCCACGAGAACUUCCAUGCUUAUACUUUCAACAAUGACAUCGCGAUUAUAGAGAUGGAUUAUCCCGUGCCGGUGGACGGUGUUGUGCGAACGGCGUGUCUACCCGAAAACAAAGCCAUUGAUUACACCGGAGCUAUAGCCACGGUGGUUGGAUGGGGUAGAACAGGUGAGGCAAAACCAGUUAGUGACGAAUUGCGAAAAGUUAAUCUACCGAUCUUGUCACAAGAAGAAUGCGAUCAGGCUGGAUACGCAAAAAAUCGCAUCACAGAAAAUAUGUUUUGCGCCGGCUACCUGGAAGGAGAACGCGGGGACGCUUGUUUCGGUGACAGUGGCGGUCCUCUUCACGUUAAAGGAAGUAACGCACACCUCGAAUUAAUAGGACUAAUUUCGUGGGGACGCGGAUGCGCCAGGCCGAAUUUCCCAGGCAUAUACACCAAACUAACAAAUUACAUGGGAUGGCUUAAGGAUCACUUAGACGGCGAAUGCGUUUGUCCUCCGCCGCACCGAUUAGUGUCUCACAUCAAGUUGCCGAAACCAGUAGCCAUGGUGAAUCCAGUAGCAUACGCUUCGUCUAAUACAUUGCAACAGUGCAAUGUAUCGGCGAUAAUGGACGAAUUCGCGGACGAAUUAGAGACUUUGAAUGGAAAGUGUAUGGACAUCGGUUGUGGUCCUGGAGACAUUACAAGAAAUAUCGUCUUGCCGGCUCUCAGUCCAACGGCUGUAAUGAUCGGUACGGACAUUUCGGAAGACAUGAUCCAGUACGCUAAUGAGAAAUACGGUGACAACGUGCGAACCGCGUUCGAAGUGUUGGAUGUACAAACUAAAUUUCUUCCUAAGGAGUAUGUUUCCGAGUUUGAUCACAUAUUCUCAUUUCACGCUUUGCAUUGGUGCAGCGAUAUACGACAAGCGUUUAGCAACAUUUAUGAGAUGUUACAACCCGGCGGGACCAUACUUAUGAAUCUAGUAGCGUCUCAUGAUAUAUUUGAUGUUUUCAACCAAAUAUCGCAAAAUCCUCGCUAUGCUUCCUACAUACCGACGACACUCGCGCAGCGCGAAGGAGCGAAUGGCAAAAUGUCGUUGUAUACGUGUCGAGGCGAUACCUUGAUCCUGACCCUGAUCGUGAUCUUUCACGUAUCAAUACCGAGUAGAAGCCAUGGAUCUCGUUGGGAACUUAGCGCGAUAGCGCCAGGUGACUUUACGGAAGCGAGUAAUUCGCAAGUUCGCAACGGGAGAUUUUUGUUUGACGAUUUAUUUGGCAUCGAUGUCACGGGCAACGCUGAAGUGGACGAGGAGAAGCUGAGAAAUUGCACAUGCGAAUGUGGCUUAUCUAACCAAGAAAAUCGAAUUGUCGGUGGACGACCUACUACACCGAACAGAUAUCCUUGGGUCGCGAGAAUUGUAUACGACGGUCGUUUCCACUGUGGCGCUAGUCUGCUCAACAAUGAUUACGUAAUUACCGCUGCCCAUUGUGUACGAAGGUUGAAGCGAUCCAAGAUUCGCGUGGUACUCGGCGAUUAUGACCAAUACGUGAAUACCGACGGGAUUGCCAUAAUGAGAGCAGUGAGCGCAGUAAUCCGUCACAGGAACUUCGACAUAAAUUCCUACAAUCAUGACGUAGCGUUGCUGAGACUCCGUAAAUCGGUGAAGUUCUCAAAGAAAGUCCGUCCGGUCUGCCUGCCUGGAUCAGAUACCGAUCCCGCUGGAAAAGAGGGAACGGUGGUGGGAUGGGGUCGAACGUCGGAAGGAGGCAUGCUGCCCGGGAAAGUGCACGAGGUGCAAGUACCGAUAUACAGUUUGACGCAGUGCCGAAGGAUGAAGUAUCGAGCGAAUCGUAUCACCGACAACAUGAUCUGCGCCGGUCGAGGUAGCCAAGAUUCUUGUCAAGGUGAUAGUGGCGGUCCACUUCUCGUCGAGGAAGCCGAUAAACUUGAAAUUGCAGGUAUCGUGUCCUGGGGUGUGGGGUGUGGGAGACCCGGUUAUCCCGGAGUCUACACAAGAGUGUCCCGGUACCUCAAAUGGAUUCACACAAAUAUGAAGGACGGUUGCUUGUGCGUCAGUUGAAGACCUGCUUUCAUUUCCACUCUGUGUAUAAAGUUUAAAGGAAUGAACCGCGGUUGAUGCUGUUUCACAUUAUUACUUAUAUAUGGAAAAAAAAUUUAGUUGGGUUAAUCAAGCAUCUGAUGAAAUGUGGACGAAGUAGAAUUUUGACUUGAAAUUAUGAGAAUAGGGCAGAUUAUUUCUGCUAUUUUCCAACAAGUUACAGAACUAAGCAAAUAAAAAGAAAAAAAGAUUUACUAUUCGAUAAUAGAUUAUUAAGCAUAGUUCCUUGUAUAGCAGCCAUUAUUUCAAAGUUAGCGUUAAUAUUAGCCGCAGCCUGAAUACGUGAAAUGGAUGGUAUAAAAAACACGUGGCAUCUUUGUAGAGCAUUUUUUUGUAAUCCAAGUACAAUGUAGAGCGCAACUAUGGUUAGAAUUCGCGCCGCAAAUUUCUAUCGCACCAGCCUCGUACGAAUAGCGGUCGAACGUUUCCGGAAUAAUCAGCGACUGGUAACGGUUUACUGUCAAACCGGCCUAAAGUCAACGCGCGAAAACGUCUUUGUCGUGGCUAAUUAGGAUAUAAUUAAUAACAAACGUGAUUUAUUAUUUAAUCGAUCGUUCAUAGUAAUUAUUACAUGUAUAUUGUACGAUAAGCAUGUAAAAGAAUAUUUGAAAGUACAUGAAUUUUAGGCGUUU